CAGUACUGGUUUACUGCUGAGCUAUCCUACACAUUGACCACGAUCCUCAUUCGUCUCUCCAUUGGCUUCUUUCUGCUUCGAACUUGCAACUCGAGGUUGCACAUAUGGACGAUAAAAAUUGCUAUGGUCAUAAUGACACUGCUUACAAUCACCUACUUCUGGUUCAUCUUUUUCCAAUGUCAUCCUGUCAGCUAUUUCUGGCUCCAGUUUUCCGGAGGAGAAGGCACUUGCUUCUCGGGACAAGCAGUGGAGGAUGCUACGAUUAUCUUCUCGGUCUUUGCGGUAGCUACCGAUCUCAUUUUUGGAGUUCUACCAAUCUUCCUUAUUUGGAACCUGCAAAUGAAUCCGAAGGCCAAAGCAGUUGUGGGAGGCCUCCUAACCCUCGGCAUUGUUGCUGGGUUGUCUGUCAUCAUUCGAAUCUACUAUGUCCAUAAAGUCGAUCUCGCCUCAGACUUUUUGUACGCUACUUCCAAGGUCUCAAUCUGGUCAAUGAUUGAACCUGCCAUUGGAAUAUGCUGCAUGGCUGCUUCCACUUAUCGACCACUUUUUAAAUCUCUCUUGGAAAAAGUAUCUGGCACUACCCAUAUUCAAACAAAACGUUCCAUCCAUACAAGAUCGAAGUCAGAUCCUGUUCGAAGUGGCAGCUCCAUGUUCUCCAGAAGCAAGAGCGGCUCAGUGAAGAGCAAUCAUACCAAAAACUCGGAUAGUUUCGAUUUCGAGAUGAGGAUGGAAACCUUUGAGACCACGGCUGAAGGGCCAGGCAAGGGCAAGGGGAGGGGACGGAAGGAGGAUAAGUGGGAUAUGAAGGAUGGGAUCAUGCAGUCCACAACCGUGGAGAUCCAUCGAAUGACGAGAUCCGACGAUAUGGUAUGA